GUCAGGGAAACGCUUGUAGGCUAAGAGGAGUUGUCAUAAAGUAUAAAGGUGUCAUGGCGGAGGUGACGGAGAAAGUGGUGUGAGGAGAAGGAGGUGAAGUAAUCUGCGAGUUAAGUGCUGAUGUUGGCUUGCCCAUGGAAGGCCGGGUCCUGCGCUUGUGGCGGCUCGGCCUGUCUCUCGUUACAUUGUUGUUGUUGAGGACCGUAGCUGCUGGGUUAGUGGAGCAGGGGGCUCCGGGGAGCGAUGCUGGAUACCCAUGGGAAGAGAAAGAAGAGAGCAGCAGCCUUAGCUCCUUGGCAUCGGGGCUCGGGUCUGCUGCGGCCUUCCCUACAGGUGAUGUUACAGUGGAAGAUGUCGAAUCUGGGACCGAGCAGGAAUACAUAGAAAGCGGCCGAGAGGAACAAAAACCCAGGUCUUUAGUUAUAAUCAGCACCUUAGAUGGGCGAAUUGCAGCUCUGGAUGCAGAAAAUCAUGGAAGGAAGCAAUGGGACCUGGAUGUUGGUUCGGGCUCUCUUGUGUCGUCCAGCCUGAGCAAGCCAGAGGUUUUUGGCAAUAAAAUGAUCAUUCCUUCUUUGGAUGGAGACUUAUUUCAAUGGGAUCGGGACAGAGAAAGUAUGGAAGCUGUUCCAUUCACAGUAGAGUCACUUUUGGAGUCCUCUUACAAAUUUGGAGAUGAUGUUGUCUUGGUAGGAGGAAAAUCUCUUACAACUUAUGGCCUUGGUGCUCACAGCGGCAAGGUAAAAUAUAUCUGUUCUGCAAUGGGUUGUCGUCGUUGGAAUGAGGAAGAAACAGAGCAAGAUGAUAUACUUUUAUUGCACCGAAAGCAAAAAACUGUGCGUGCGGUGGGUCCUCGAAGCGGUAAUGAGAAAUGGAAUUUUAGUGUUGGUCACUUUGAGCUAAGAUAUAUUCCGGAUGUUGAACCAGGAGUGGGGUUUAUUGAGGGCCAGCUUGAAGCAAGCAUUGGCGCAGAUGGUUCAAAAAUAAUUUCUGAUGUUGAUGACCAAGAAACUGGAACAAAGGACAUGGUUAUAAAAGUUUCUGUAGCAGACUGGAAAGUCAUGGCCUUUAACAGGCAGCAAGGGCAUCUAGAGUGGGAGCACCAGUUCUGCACUCCAAUUGCGUCUGCCUGGUUAGUUAAGGAUGGAAAAGUCAUCCCAAUCAGUCUUUUUGAUGACACCAGUUAUACAUCAGAUGAUGAAAUUCUAGAAGAUGAGGAAGAUAUUGUAGAAGCUGCUAGAGGAGCUACAGAAUCCAGCUUUUAUUUGGGGAUGUUCCGUGGGCAGCUGUAUCUGCAGUCCUCUGUAAGAAUUUCCGAGAAGUUCCCCGUUAACCCAACAGCUUUAGAUACCAGGAAUGACAAUAGCAUUAUAUCGCUGCCUCGAAUUAAAUGGAAGCCGUUAAUUCACUCUCCUUCAAGGACACCUGUGCUGGUUGGGUCGGAUGAGUUUGAUAAAUGCCUUAGUAAUGACAAGUUUUCUCAUGAAGAGUAUAGCAAUGGAGCACUUUCAGUUCUGCAGUAUCCAUAUGCAAUGCUUAGAGGAAUGCCCAACCCUGAUCAGCAAAGAGCUCAAAGACCCAUUGUAGCACCUAUCGGCUCAGCUGGACAUCGUAUGCACCAUACUCCAGCACUAACUACUGAUAAUGGUUAUUAUCUACCCUACUAUAAGAGAGAGCGAAGUAAGCGUGGCACUCAGAUCACUGUCGGCAUUUUGGAGAACCCAAAUAAAAACAUCCGUAAAAAAGAUCCUGUUCUGCUGUUGCACUGGUGGAAGGAGAUUGUAGGCACAAUUUUGUUUUGUAUCACUGCUACAACUUACAUUGUUCGCAAGUUGUUCCAGCCAAAUCCAAACAGUGCCAGGAAGAGGAAGGAGUCUGAGACGCAAUGUCAGACUGACAGUAAAUUUGACUCUCUUGAUGGAGAAUUAAAGGACAACUGGAAUGAUUACAAGAAUUGUGGAUAUAUAUCAAGGUAUCUUACUGAUUUUGAACCUGUUCAGUGUCUGGGGCGUGGAGGCUUUGGAGUGGUCUUUGAAGCCCGAAACAAAGUAGAUGACUGUAACUAUGCUAUCAAGCGAAUUCGCCUACCAAACAGGUACAUAGAAUUAUUGUUAAAUUACAUCAUUGUUUGGGAUUUGGAUAAAAUUAUUUUGUUUGCCUUUUUUCCAUCCAUUCAUUUGCUUGCUUUUUUUUUGCCAAUGACUUAAAAAAUACCUGUCAUACUUAAACAAAUAAGAGACCUAUUUAUGUGACAGGACAAUGCUCUUGUGUUCGCUAUCUAUCCAAAAUAUACUGCAGACGGCAUCCGUCAAUCACCAUAGUAGAUUUUCUUUCAGCAGUAUUUUCUUCUGUUAAGUGUGAUCAGUCCACGGGUCAUCAUUAC